UCAAGAAAUCUUAGGAAAAUGGGCAUCACCAAAACCAUAGAAAACCAACCCAACACACCAUCAUCAGAUGAAGUAAGCCAAGAAUGCAGAGAAUUGCUCACCACACUCCCAAAAGAGAGAGGGUGGAGAACUUCAAAUAUCUAUCUAUACCAAAACUUUUGGUGCCAACCAAAAGAAAUUGAUGCCAUAAUCUCCAUGCAAAAGCACUAUAUAGCAGAAGACACAGAUAUCAUAGUCUCCACCAUCCCCAAGUCCGGCACCACGUGGCUCAAAGCGCUGUGCUUCGCAAUCGCCAAUAGGUGCCUCUACGCCCACGACUCGACCACCCACCCCUUGCUCACUUCCAACCCCCAUGUGCUGGUCCCUUUCCUCGAGUAUAAACUAUUUGCAAACCAGGAGAUCCCUGACAUGUCGCGUCUGCCAAGGCCCCGCCUCGUGGGGACCCAUGUCCCACUAGGGGCCUUGCCAGAGUCUGUCAUGGAAUCCCAGUGCAAGAUUGUAUACAUGGUGAGGAACCCGUUUGACACAUUUGUUUCCAUAUGGCACUUUAUGAGUAAGUUGAGGCCCGACUCCUUUGGCCCGUUGUCGAUCCAAGAGGGUUUCGACAUGUAUUGUCGGGGAACCAUAGGGUUCGGCCCGUACUGGGACCACAUGUUAGGGUAUUGGCAUGAGAGCCUAAGAAACCCUAACAAGGUUUUGUUCUUGAGGUAUGAGGAUGUGAAAGAAGACGCGGGCUUCCAACUGAGGAAGCUCGCGGAUUUCUUAGGGUUUCCUUUUAGUGCUCAGGAAGAGGAAGAGGGGGUUGUGGAGGGAAUAGCAAAGAUGUGUAGCUUUGAGCAGAUGAAGGAGUUGGAAGUGAACAAGAAAGGGAAGGGUGCCAUUGUUGAUUUUGAGAACAAGAAUUUGUUUAGGAAAGGUGUGGUGGGAGAUUGGGUGAACCAUUUCACACCAGAAAUGGUGGAGAGAUUGAGCAAGAUCAUGGACCAUAACCUAGCUGGUUCUGGUCUGUCCUUCAAGAUUUGAUUAAGUGUCAUACAUUAUUCAUAUUGUUAUAUGUUGUAUCGGUGUAUCCUCUAUCAUAUAAUAAUCAAAUUAAAUAAAUUGAAUUUCUUUCUCUAGCG